UCACCAUGCUCCGCUUCUUUGUGCGGCCGUUCCGCGUCCUUCCUCAUCAAGUCCGAGGCGCUCUCCGUCGCUCGCUGCUCUGCUGUUCUCUUAGCUGCCCGCUUAUGAACGGCUACUGCUUUUCGUGUUGCUUGACUUUUCAUCCUUCUCCGCUCCGAUUUGUGACUUCACAGCGUUAGCCAAACAGGCCGUUAGCCAGCUGUUUAUUUUCCUCUACCGCCCCUCCCCUUCUGUUUCCGUGUUUAGCCGUUUCUUAAGAACGUUAUUUUGGGUGAAAACUAACCAAUGAUAACCUCUGUAUGAUUUGUUUUGUUUUGCUUAUCGGAACUACAAGAAUCCUGCUAAGUAUGUCAGGGCCAAAAUGAUUGCUGUUGGCUAUUAGACUAAGUUACCUAAGACACAGACUUGGAACCAUGUCAGAAAUAAAUGUACUAGAGUAGUGUUUUUAAUGCUGAGGAAAAAAAAAUGCAUCCAAGAGGGUUUUUGUUUUUACCUCCCAACGUAUUUGGUGCAGUGCCCUCUGCUGGUGGCGGUAUCAUGUCGGCGGUGCCUCCCAUACGCAGCUCCAAGGCCGCGGGGCAGCGGCGGGGCCUGGCGGGGUCAGGUCGGUGCCAGCGUCCUGAGCAGACAGCCAUGGAACAGCUGGAGCAGCUCCUGGAGAAGCCAGAGCUGGUGGUGGUGGAGCAGCCCAAGGAGCGUGGCAUGCGCUUCCGCUACGAGUGCGAGGGGCGCUCUGCUGGCAGCAUCCUGGGAGCCUCCAGCACCGAUGUCAGCAAGACCCUGCCUGCCAUUGAGCUCCAAGGGCCAAUUGAGGGGAUCAAAACGGUAACAGUUACAGUGUCUCUGGUGACCAAGGACAUCCCUUAUCGCCCACACCCACACUGCCUGGUUGGAAAAGACUGUUCUGAUGGCAUCUGUGUCAUCUGUUUCAACCCCCACAUGACACGCCGCCACAGUUUUGUUAAUUUAGGCAUUCAGUGUGUUCGGAGGAAGGAAUUGGACGCCUCACUGAAGAAAAGGAGGAAUAAAAAUAUUGAUCCAUUCAACACUGGUCACUCAAAGAGCAUUGAAGACAUGGACAUGAAUGUGGUGCGUCUGUGUUUCCAGUGCGAGCUGGAGAGAGAUGAUGGGGAAAAGGUCCACCUCAGCCCCCUCGUGUCCAACCCCAUCUACGACAAGAAAGCCACUACGACUGCAGAGCUGAAGAUCAACAGGCUAAACGUUGUCCGCGGUCCCUGUACAGGAAAGACUGAGGUCUAUAUGCUCUGUGACAAGGUGCAAAAAGACGACAUCGAGAUCAUUUUCAGCCUCGACGACUGGGAGGCCAAGGCCGAGUUUGCACACACAGAUGUCCACCGGCAGAUCGCCAUCGUGUUCAAGACGCCGCCAUACCAGGAGCAGGACGUUUCCGGGGAGGUGGAGGUGAACGUCAGCCUUCGUCGCAUUUCUGACCGCAUGUACAGCGAGCCAGUGAGGUUCACCUACCUGCCACAUAACCCAGAUCCGUAUGAAGUCAACCGUAAAAGGAAAAUAAAAUCAGACAAGUUCAGCGAGGAGUGCCUCACCCACCCAGACACGAUGAUCAACAAACCAGAUCCGUCUCACCAGUUUGAUCCAUUCUGCUUCGCCCCUCUGGACUGUGGCAUCCCAUCAGCACCCCCUGCUCUCCAGGAGGAGAACAAGCUGCUUCAGACCCUAGAUGAGAUCCAUUAUGGGGAAGAUGACCUCAAGCAAGAGGAUGGCUGUGUCAGUUUGGACCCGGACACUAUGGACAACAUCCUCUUCAGCAUUACCGAGUGUCUGGGUGCCCAGAACUUCCUCCAGCUUUUGAACAGCCAGGAUCCCAACUCAAAUAUUUUGGUAGAGGGUACAGACGCCAACCUGAACAUCCCAGAGGUGGGCCAGCCUCCGCUGAACCUGGCCUCCUUCACUGAUGCACACUUCAGCCAGAUGGUGAGCCAGGGCUCCGGCUCAGACCGUGAGACCCUGCCCCACGACUUGCAGGGCAUAUACAUAAGUCAGGUUAAGAUGGAAAACGAUGAAGACUCUUGAAGGCUUCCACAGACACCCAGAAGAGUACCAGACCUUGUUUUUCAGUGGUGGAAAUCAGGACUGUGGGGGGACCCUACCAGAACUGCAGGAUAUGAACACAGACGCAUGCAUGCAUGCAUGCAUGUUUAAGUCUACACUAGAUGCCCCAUGUAAACCCUGAAGACUUCCAAAAAGAACAUGGAAUGAAUGAAAUCCCAUUUGGAUGAACCACUUUGUCCUCCGGAGUGCCAUGGUAUGUGCGUGUAGGUGUGUAUGAGUGCUUUCUCCUCUGGCCAUGCCGUUUGUCCAGGUUUUGGAAGUGUACCAGCAGAUCUGGUCAGCAUUAGCUCAGUGUUGGUCAGUAGCAGGCAGGACUUGUGUGAUGUGCCGUCUACACCCCUGAGGACCUGGCAGCAGCUUGUACCCGUUAGGCAUUCAUGCACUAAGGAAAGGCAACCGACGGACCAUGCCGGAAAACUCCUUCUGGACUUAUGAAACAGGACACAGGACUGAUUUGCAAACUGUAUAGGCUUCGAAGCAUUGACCCAUAUAGUGAUGUAUUCUGUGUGUGCAAUGAACAGCAGUUGCUUCUCAUAGAAUUUGCUUUAGAUUAACUUUUCCAUCAGAACAGCUUUGCCACAUAAGAAUAAGUGAUGGCAUUAAUUAAUAUGCAUUGUUUUUAAAGAAUUAAUAUUUUAGGACUUAAUUAUAUACUUUAACCACCUGUGAAGUAAAUACCAGGCCUUUUCAAGUUCCGUCUCAGGUCUGAAGUGUAUAUUUUGUAAACGCAUAUUGAGAAUGUUUAGAAUGUGACAGAUGAGCAACCAUGUAGUGUGAAUUCUUAACUGGCUCCUAUAGUACCCACCUCCAUCUGUAACGCUGCUUCUAGAGAAUGCAUAGUGGGCUUAAAAGAAACCACUUUUCUUCUUGGGGGAAAAAAAUUUAAGGAUAUGCUUACAUGUGUCUUCUAUUAAAAGCUUGGUUUGUUGCUCCAUUUAAUUUGAAUUUUACACAUUGCAGAAUGAGGAAAAUACCACGUGUUGCACAAUAGAUUUCAUUACGCUCCAGCUAUAGACAUGCUUGGUCAAAAGGCUUUGAUAUUUCCAUUGCGUAAGCACUGAAUCAGUUUUUUUUUCCUCAGUUUUCAGCCCUGGUUUUCUCCCUUUCCCACCCACAGAUUCUACCACCAUAAGACAGAAGAAAAUGAUCUCAUCUUUGUGCUUAAUUUAGACAGUGUGGCUCUACUGGUCGUGAUGUGGAGGCUAUCCACACACAUUCCACCAGCCCUUUGCCAACCAGCCAGUUAUACCAGUUACUACAGAUGACAUUUCUUUUAAACUUGAGUUUAAUCAUAUUUAUUUUUCUCUUAAAAAAAAAAGUUUUUUAAUUGUUUGUUUUAGAUUGUGGUUUAUAUAUAGAUAGAGAUCAGGAAUUUUUUUAUUUGCCAAGCACUUAAUGGUCAAUUCAAACACAAUUAUGUCAAUAAGAGGAUUCCUACACAUUUUAAUUCUUUAUAAAUAUUACAUGACCCAUGUAUGGAUAAAGUCACAGUGAAACAUUAGCUAUGGGUACAAGGUUCAGCGCGCUUCCGCCUCUAUUAGGAUUGGUGGACAGGAAUUGUUGCAGCAAUUCAACCAUGCCUUUGUCUAGUUCGGAGGUGAAACUUGGCCUAAAGCCAGUGGGAAACUCCACCAUUGGUUAACUUCAGUUUAAACUGUGGCAAGCAUACAGCAUUUGGUAUUCCAACAGGGCAGAUUCUGAUGAUCAUUUCUCUGUUCAUAUCAGUGUGAAAAUAAAGAAUAUGCUAGUAUCUUUA